AAAGAAGACACGUCAAAACAACCCCAACACAAUCGGGUGACCGCAUUUUCAGCCCGUGUUCUCGUGAAAUAUGUUUUUACAGUCAGCUGUGUGAGUAAGUUGGCAUCUCAAUGUUGAUUUUCUGCGGCAGUCAAGUCUUAACAUUGCGUGUUAAGUGACGAAUUUUGAAUGAACGUAACUGUUCGCUACUUGCUAAAUAGAUGCUAGCGCGUCAGGAAGGCUAACAUCCGGGUAUUUAAUGACGACUUCGAUGGACCGAACAUCCAGAGUGGCGUGAGACAUGACCGUCAUUUGCCGUCUCCUGGUGUCCUGCAGCUCCUCCUCUCACGGACCUCUCCUGCUGCGCCGAGCGUUGAGCGGCAGACCUCAGAUCAGCGGCAGCCUGCGAGAGAGCUACCGGCUGCUGCAGCUGCCCGAAGGCGAGCCAGUCAGCGCCGUUCGGGUUAAGGAGUCCUACCUGCGCCUGGCCAAGCUUUACCACCCCGACUCUGGCGCUCCCACCGCUGAUGCGGUCCUGUUCGCCCGAGUCGAGGAGGCCUACCGGUCAGUUCUGGCUCACCGGAGCGAGGCAGGGAAGGACACAGACAAGGAGGACGAGGACAAGCCCCCAGGUGCGGCCCCCCAGCAUAGACACUACCUCAGCUACGAGGGUGUGGGCUCAGGCACCCCCAGUCAACGUGAACGCCAGUACCGGCAGUUCCGUGUGGACCGGGCGUCCGAGCGGGUCCUGGACUACCGGCAGAGGGAGCACGAGAGGGCUGCGGCUGCGGAGGGGGCGCUGGUGGAGCGGGACCUGCGUCAGCGCAGCAGGAAGAUUCAAAUCACCCAAGCGGUCGAGCGGCUGGUGGAGGACCUGAUCCAGGAGUCUAUGGCGCGCGGGGACUUCCGCAAUCUGAGCGGCGCCGGGAAGCCUCUCAACAAGUUUGAGCACAACCCCUACGCCGACCCCAUGACCCACAACCUCAAUCGCAUCCUCAUCGACAACGGCUACCAGCCACCCUGGGUGGUCACGCAGCGCGACAUCCGCCAGGCCGCCGCGCACAUCCGCAGCACCUUACUGGAGGGGAGGGCCCAGCUGGCGGAAGCCAUGGACCCGACGGAGCGCAGCCGCUGGGGGGAGCUGUGUGCCGGCGCUGAGGAGGAGCUGGCCAAGCUCAACAAGAUGGUGGACAACUACAACCUGAUCGUGCCCACGCUCCAGAUGCAAAUGGUGCACUUCAGCUUGCCGCGGGAGGUGAAGCGUGCCGAGAUGGCGGCCCGCCAACGCGGACUGGAGCAGCGGAGGGAGCGAGAGAGGAGGAAGGAGGAGAGGAGGAGAGCCAACGCCACCAACACAAAGUCUGGAAACACAAAGCCGGGCCUGAUGUCUUGGAUGCAAAGCUGGCUGAGAUGAAUGACAUGAAACCUAUCCCGGCGGACUUAGGCAGGGAGAGGACUGCUGGUCAGCCAGUCGCACUACAAACACGCAUUCACACGCACAUUUGCACCGAUGGAUCAUUUAGAGCAGGGAGAACAUAACGACGCCACACAGAUGUUUCAACAGAUUCCAACCCUCGACCUUUUGAUGGUGAGGCGCACGUGUAACCUCUACGCCAGCAGUGUCCAAACAUCUCCCACCGGGGGCUCCAUAGAGAAAGAUGUAAGGAUGCAAGGGCCGCUGAGAGUUUUAUUCUUUUUACUUCAAUGGUAGCCAACCUUUAUUGGUAGAAAACUGUCACGGCACACCACCAAACACAAACGUCACAAAAAAGUAUCCAGCAGGGCUCAACUCAGUACUUAUGCAGGCUGCAUUUUUAGAAGGCAGACUUCUACCUUCACUGUUAUUCUCAUUUUACAUCUCAUGUCAGUGUGAAACCUUCAUAUCUACAAAACCAAAUGGAUAAUGUCCACAAAAACAUGAGUCAAAGAUCAUUUAUAGUGCAAGAGUGCUCUGCUGUUUGUUUUCAAGUCUCGCUUCCAAGUUUUUUAACUGCACUCACGGGCCGGUCUCGUGUCUUUCCCAGACCAGAUUUGGCCCACGGGCCUCCAAUUGAAUAGGACAGGUGUACAGUAUACCAGAGGUGUUCAAAGUGCGGCCCGAGGGCCGUUAGCCACCCGCGGCACAUUAUAAAUAUAUAAUUUAACAACAAAAGUUAAAAAAAAAAAAAAAAGCAACAGCAAAAAUAGAAAAAUCAGCAUUAAUUUUACAAGAAUAAAGUCAAAAUAUUAACUGAAAAAAGUUGUAAUCUAAUGAGAAAAAGUCAUCAUUUUACGAGAAUAACAUUGUAAUAUUAGGAUGAAAAAUAACAUAAUUUUAGUAGCAUCAAGUUGAAAUAUAAAAGACUUUUUUUUCGAAGUCGUAAUUAUGAACAACAGUCAAAAUAACUUUGGUUGUAAUUUUUUGAAAAUUAGGUUGCGGAAAUGGUGUGAAUAAAAUAAUUACGAGAAGAAAAUUUACAAAAACAAAGUUGGGCGUGUAAGUACUCAAUUUUUGGGGGGAGGGUCCUGGAAUGAUGUUAUUUGUAGUAAAAAUAAAUCAUAAUUUUCAGAAGUGAAAUUGGAUAUCGCCCAUGACACACUAAUGUGCCGCAGCACAGCAGCUGGGAAUCACUGCUUGCCCUUUCGAAGUUAUUGAACACGCUUAAAAACAAUCCAACGUAGGCCGAUAUUAUGCAAAUGCGAUUGAUAUAUUGUAUCAUUAAUUAAAACACAGCUGUGCGUUGUAAGUGCAAAGCAGAUUGUUGGUAUUAGUGUGACAUCUUGUGUUGUGUUUUGUCUUUAUUUUUCUCAUAUUUCCUCCGUAGUGUUUUGAUUUUCAGCAUAUCCUUGUGCCAGUAAUAAAGUGUGUCACUGUACAAUGCCAUUAUAUAAUUUUCUUUUCAUUCAUUUCCGACCUUCACGAGUCCUUGGGGGUAACAUUUAAAAACACUUUUCCCAAACUUACGACGCAAGUUGCUCCUGAAAUUACUAUUUUUUAUGGUCAUGACGUCCGGUAUUGGAAGUGCGUCAAUAACUCACUCCCCCUAGCGCCAUCUGCUGGACGUAGAUGGUCACUGCACCCACUCUGCUCUAACGCGAGUCAAAAACGUCACGUGUUAUUUUCAUGGAAAUCAGUUUGUGCGUGUGACUAACUUGUACGUAUUAGUAGCUAGAAACGUAAAAACAAGGUAAAUGACCGCUAGCCCGGCCCAAAUGUGUUACUGCUCUUGUUCUGGCGUCCCCUCCCCUGUUGCUGGGUUACAGAUGACCACAGACCCCGCUGCCCCCUGAGCCAGACCCAGGGCGGCCGUGCACGGUGUCCUCUUCCGGGUCCAGUCGUGUGCGAUGUACAGGUGGUACGGGUCGUGGGAGCUCUCCAGCUUCUUGGAGCGGAUGAAGCUGAGCAUGACCCCGAAGGAGAAGAAGCUGAACAUGCCGAGCACCACGAGGAUGUAGAGCACGGCCUGGGUCUGGGACUGGGCCCGAGUCGCCCACGGUGAUGUGCCGAUGCCGGUGUGGUUCUGCGAGAGCGGGGGAAGCUGCGAAGGAGCGGUUCUGUUGAUGCAGUGAUGCAAGAGGGAGAGCAACACGGAAGUCAACUCGGUAGCGUUGAUGUGAGACAUGGCCGCCCUCUGCUGGACACGCCACGAACUGCAGCUGCAAAGGGAGACCAGCGCCAGGUAAGCUUUCACGUACAACUUUGCUGUCGUCAACCACUUGACCUGAUAUUUUAUUUAAAUUGCCUUUAUUACUCAUAAACAUGCAUUUAUAGUUAUAUUACAUUAUGUAUUUUUAAUAAAACAAAUUUUAAUACUUUGUAAGCUCCAGUGGUAUAAAAAUGGAUGGCUGAAUAAUAUGCAUAUAUUUAAUCAUUUUCCCACAAUUAAAUCAAAUUUUUUUAAAAAUAUUGCGACAUGAAUCUACAAUAUGCUGAUCAUGCCAAUUCUGAAUAUUUUUUCACAUUUCUUUCAUAGUAAUACGUCAUUCCUUACUGCAGCUUUUGAUCAAAUAUCAAAAAAUUUAAAUGCAAUAUUUGAAAAACUCAUUACCACAUUCCCUCAUUUUGUGUUUAUUUGGUCCAAACGCAUUUGCGUGAAAAAGUAAUUAUUUUCGAAUGAUUCUCCCCAAUAUUGAAAAACAUUUUUCUAAUUAAUUGUAGUAAUAAUUACCUUUCAUAUAUAUUUAUUUAGAUUUAUUUAUUUUAAGAAUGCAGGGGCCACUUUUACUUUUUUUUUUUUUUAAAAACAACCCAUGUGGACGAAACGUUUUCAAUACUUAAAGAAAAAACAGGUGACAAGCAAAUUAUUAGUAUGAAUUAACUUUUUCUUCAAAUGCUACACUUUUUUUUGUAUUGUUUCUCCAUUUUUACUGUUUUUAUUUAUAUAAUUUACAAAUAUUUCAACUUUCUUCUUAUACAUUUCUUUCCUUUUAAUUA